UUCCCGGGGGCUCGGUACGGCGCUGCGCUUCCCCCCCACCCCCUCCUCCCCCCGCCCGCUGGCGCCCGCCCGCCGCUGUCCCCGCGCUGCCUGGCCGGGGCUCAGGCCGCCGCCGCCGCCGCCGCCGCGCCGAGGGGAGGUCGGGCCCUGCCGUUGCCGCCGCCGGGCGCUGCGCAGGUUUGGAACGCGCGCCAUUUUGUGAGCGAUAGAAAAUCCAGCCCGGCCAGGAAGCGCCGCGGAUCCGCCCGCCGGGCCGGGCCGGGCCGGGCCCCCCUCCGCUCUCCCCCCUCCCCUCCUCUCCCCGUCUUCGCCGCCCCGAGAGGAAGGCGCGCAGCGGACAGACCCUUCGGCCGGUGCCCCCCGCGCCCCGAGCGGCACCGGCGCCAGCCGUGCGGGCCCGAGCGCGGCGGGGCGGCCGGACUGCGGAGCGCACAAGAGGGAGGCGCUGCCGCGCCGGGGCCCCUGGCCGAGGCGAGCGCUCCCUCCUCGCCCUGCCUUGCGCCCGCCGCCCAAGGGGAGAAGAGGCCUCAGCCGGGAGAAGCCGGGCCGGAGCGCAGGGCCCGCCACCCCCCGCACGGUGUUUGCUGCUGGACUCCCCCCACCCCCCACACCCCCACAGGAUGAUAUGAGACUUGAAAGAAGACGAUGCAUACAGGAGGAGAGACUUCAGCAUGCAAACCUUCAUCUGUUCGGCUUGCACCAUCGUUUUCAUUCCAUGCUGCUGGCCUUCAGAUGGCUGGACAGAUGUCCCAUUCACAUCAGCAGUACAGUGAUCGUCGGCAGCAGAACAUAAAUGACCAACAGGUUUCUGCCUUAUCAUAUGCUGACCAGCUUCAGCAACCUCUAACGUUAACAAACCAGAGGCGAAUGCCCCAAACUUUCCGUGAUCCAGCCACUGCUCCUUUGAGGAAGCUCUCCGUAGAUUUGAUCAAAACAUACAAGCAUAUUAAUGAGGUUUACUAUGCAAAAAAAAAACGGCGGCAUCAGCAGGGCCAAGGAGAUGAUUCCAGUCACAAAAAGGAGAGGAAAGUUUACAAUGAUGGCUAUGAUGAUGACAACUAUGACUAUAUUGUAAAAAAUGGGGAGAAGUGGAUGGAUCGUUAUGAAAUUGACUCUUUAAUAGGCAAAGGAUCCUUUGGACAGGUUGUAAAGGCUUAUGAUCGAGUGGAACAAGAGUGGGUGGCUAUCAAAAUAAUAAAAAACAAGAAGGCUUUCUUAAACCAAGCCCAAAUUGAAGUCCGACUGCUUGAGCUUAUGAACAAACAUGACACUGAGAUGAAGUACUAUAUAGUGCAUUUGAAACGCCACUUCAUGUUCCGAAACCAUCUCUGCUUAGUCUUUGAAAUGCUGUCCUACAACUUGUAUGAUCUGUUGCGAAACACCAACUUCAGAGGUGUCUCAUUGAACCUGACACGAAAAUUUGCACAGCAGAUGUGCACUGCACUGCUUUUUCUGGCGACUCCUGAACUUAGUAUCAUUCACUGUGACCUAAAACCUGAGAAUAUCCUGCUCUGUAACCCCAAACGAAGCGCUAUCAAGAUUGUUGAUUUUGGCAGUUCGUGUCAACUUGGACAGAGGAUAUACCAAUAUAUCCAGAGUCGUUUUUAUCGAUCACCAGAGGUGCUACUGGGAAUGCCUUAUGAUCUUGCAAUUGAUAUGUGGUCCCUUGGGUGUAUUCUAGUUGAGAUGCAUACUGGAGAGCCUCUCUUCAGCGGGGCAAAUGAGGUGGAUCAAAUGAAUAAAAUAGUGGAAGUUCUGGGGAUACCACCUACUCACAUCCUUGACCAAGCACCAAAAGCAAGAAAGUUCUUUGAGAAGUUGCCAGAUGGCACUUGGAACUUGAAGAAGACCAAAGAUGGAAAAAGGGAAUACAAACCACCCGGAACUCGUAAACUUCACAAUAUACUAGGAGUUGAAACAGGAGGACCAGGUGGACGUCGUGCUGGGGAAUCGGGUCAUACUGUAGCUGACUACUUGAAGUUCAAAGACCUCAUCUUAAGGAUGCUUGAUUAUGACCCUAAGACACGAAUUCAACCUUAUUAUGCCCUACAGCAUAGUUUCUUUAAGAAAACAGCAGACGAAGGUACAAACACAAGUAACAGUGUGUCUACAAGUCCUGCCAUGGAGCAGUCACAGUCUUCAGGAACCACCUCUAGUACAUCUUCAAGUUCAGGUGGAUCUUCUGGAACAAGCAACAGUGGAAGGGCACGAUCAGACCCGACACACCAGCAUCGACAUAGUGGUGGACACUUCACUGCUGCUGUUCAAGCUAUGGACUGUGAAACACACAGCCCACAGGUUCGACAACAGUUUCCUCCUCCAAUUGGUUGGACAGCCACUGAAGCUCCUACACAGGUCACUGUUGAAAACCAUCCAGUUCAAGAAACCACCUUCCAUGUAACCCCUCAACAACAGAAUGCAUUACAUCAUCAUCAUGGAAAUAGCUCUCACCACCACCACCACCAUCACCACCACCACCACCAUCAUGGACAGCAAGCCUUGGGUAGCCGGACCAGGCCGAGGGUCUACAAUUCUCCAACAAACAGCUCCUCCACCCAGGAUUCUAUGGAGGUGGGCCACAGUCACCACUCCAUGACAUCCCUGUCUUCCUCAACUACUUCUUCCUCUACAUCUUCCUCCUCUACUGGUAACCAAGGCAAUCAGGCCUAUCAGAACCGCCCAGUGGCUGCUAAUACCUUGGACUUUGGACAAAAUGGAGCUAUGGACAUGAAUUUAACAGUCUACUCUAAUCCGCGCCAAGAAACUGGCAUAGCUGGACAUCCAACGUACCAGUUUUCUGCUAAUACAGGUCCUGCUCAUUACAUGACUGAAGGACACCUUGCAAUGAGGCAAGGGAUUGAUAGAGAAGAGUCUCCCAUGACAGGAGUUUGUGUUCAGCAAAGUCCUGUGGCUAGCUCGUGACUAAACUGAAACUAAGUUUGUUUCUUGUGUGUUUUUAUAGAAGUGGUGUUUUUCCAAAAACAAAGUGCAAAGCUGCUUGAAUCAGAAGGAGAUAAACUCACUGAACCGCUACAGGAGGGCAAAGCUGACUUAUUUUUCUAAACUUGAAAAGAUUGCAAAGGGACAAUGAAGUUUUUUUUGUUGGUUUUUUGGGGUUGGUUUUUUUUUUUUGGUUGUUAUUUUUUAAGAGCCAUGUCCGGACCCACCUUAACGGAUAGCUUAGUGGUGUUCACCUUUUGCUUCCCCCAUUUUAACUUGCCACAACCUAGUCAUAGUUUGGUUUUUUUGGGGAGGGUUUUUUUUGGUCUCAUUCAACAGGGGUUAUUGUUCAAAUGUUAGUUGUAGUCGCAAACUAGUUUCUUUUUAAAGGCAUUGCACAUGAUUUAUAAAAAGGCCCUUGGAAGUUUUUGGGUGGGAGGGGAGUGAGUAAUAUAUACAUAUAUAUAUUUUUUUUUUUAUUUCCCCAAACAAACAUGGGCACAGAAAUGCAGUACUGUAAGAAAGAGGGACCUUCAGAUUACACAAAUAUAUAUUCUUCAGCUGUAAAAAGGGACGGUUGUAAUGGAGUUUGUAAGGCACAUUAAGCAUGCUAAGUGGCGGUGAUCAGAACUCUCCUUUUCUGAAUCUACUGAGGAUCAAAGCAGCAAUUGUAAUGGGAUUCUGUGGGUCUCAUAUUUUGGAGACCACAGCAGUUAGUAUUGAAAUAUGACUGGUUUCAUAACUGAGGUGCACUGAGAAGCAAUCAACGGGUCGGUCCUGGCCAGUCCUGGGGAGGUCUAAGUGGUGGUCUUUGGGAUAACCUUUGGCCUUAUGGAUUUGGACUCUUAAGUUAGAAGAGCCUACCAUUUCAGAUGCAAUCACUUUUGGACAUGCUUUUGCAGACAGUCCUUAAUGCUGAAAACACAGAGAAUGGGUAAUUCAAGAGGCCUUUCUUUUAAAAUAGACUUUUGUGACCCACUUAUUGUAAGGUAUUGCAAGGUCACUUUGCGUGUGUCAUAAAGUUGACUUCCUUAUUGGUUGAAGGUCACAGGAGUAGUGGUUUGCGUUUGAUGGAAAUAGCUACAACUGUGUCCCUUCCUGCUUUUUACUUUUUUCUUUUGCUUUUUCUCGGCACGUGGUUUCUCCACCAUUACUUCUGCACAAAGACGUCUUCUGUUCAUCCUGAACAUUUUUAAAAAUGCAGAAUUUUAUGUGACUGCUUUUUUGCCUCACAAUUAUGCUGUGAAUUUUACAAAAAUUUAUUUUCUUUUUUGAUAAUUUAUUGUACCAAAGCUGUUUUUAUAGCACAUAGAUGUCUGUAACCAAUAAUGUAGCAGUUCUGCACUUUGACACAAGGUGUAACUAGACCAUUUUUAAAUGUCAGUUGAAAAUUAUGGCUGUACUAUUGCUUAAACAAAACUGGAACUGUUGUUGAAUUCAUAGCCAAUACAUUUACAGCAAUCUGUGUACUGAACAUAAUAGAUUGACAUCUACUUCAAGACUAUAACAUCUGUUACAUUAUAAAUGUGUUCAGGCUUCUGAAAGUAAAAGGGACACUAGAUCCAGAAGCUAUGAAACCAGCAGUUGAUUCUUGUAUUCCUUAUUAACAUAAUUGUAAGCUUGAAGGCAAGACCUUGAUUGCAUGAACAGGUCCAAAAUAAUAGUCUGAGUAAAGCAAAACACUCACAUGAGACCUGAGGUUAGCAGGCUGUAUUUAACAGGUGCCUAAUUUUUGGGUAAUGCUGCCUUAAUAUAACACAGUCAGCUUGGCAGUUGCAAAAUGUAUGGGCCCAUUCAGAGAUUUAUUUACAUAAGAAGUAAAACCUCCAUGAAAGACAUUUGAAAGAGUAAGGGUAAUGCAUUGCUUGCCCAUCCCAGAUUAAUGUUGUUUGCCCAUUAUAUAUUACAGAAGCAGUGAUCUACCUCUGCCAGUAAGCCCUUUUAAAAGUUAAUUUAGCAGAAAAAUCAGAGUUGAUGCUGGUCAAUUCCAUGCGGCUAAGUCAUUUUUUCAGGCUAAAAGAUGAAUUUUUUUAUACUUACCGUGACAAUGCAGCAGCUGACUUACCAUGUAAAUGGGAAUGAUACUUGGAAUUACCAUUUUUUGGUAAAUCAUAAUUAUUUUUUUUUUAAUCAAUCCGUAUUUCUUUUUGUGUUGAAACAUCAACCCUGUGGAUGAAAGUGGUUUUGUUUUUGUUUUUUUUUUGUUUUGUUUUGUUUGUUUUGUUUUUUUUCUUUUCUCCUUCAACUCAGUAAUUCAGAGAAGUUUACAGCAUUUGAAAGUCUGUCACCUUAGAAGCAGGAUGCUGAGUUUAGCAAUAUAAAAAGGAAUCCAGUACUUACUGCUGUCUAGGAAUAUAAGGGUAAUACGAAAUCUGGGUAAUUCUUGUGUGCGUGGGUUGCCACACCUUAGCAAGCGCCAAAAAAUAAAGCAGUUAAAAAUAUCUACAUAAAGAAGAGAUCAUAAAAUCCAGUGCUUCUGCAUACUGUGUUAUGUUACAGUCCAGUUUUGUGUGCUUUACUACACAGUUUGGUUACAGGACUUCUGUGCAUUGUAAACAUAAACAGCAUGGAAAAGGUUAAAUACCUGUGUUCAGAUUGUAAGAUCUAGUCCGGACUUGCUGUGUAUAUUGUAACGUUAAAUGAAAAGACAAGCCCUUUGUAUUAUAGUCAUGCAGUCUUAUGUAUGAUAAACAGUUGAAUAAUUUGUCCUCAGACUCUUUACUGUGCUUUUUAAAAAAAGAGUAAUUUAAGAAAAAAAUGUAAACAUAGUAAAUCUUCCUAUGCAAUUAACCUACUCCAAGCCAUGGUAUGGUAGGUAUAAUUAUACUAUAAUAUGUAAAUAUCAGAUACAUUGAAACAGACUUAAAAAUAUGAAAGUAAAAGUUGGAGGCAUAACAGAUAAUUUUGAGUUUUUAAUUGAAACAGCAAGGUAUACAAAUCAUUGAUGUAUGAACACAGCUCUGCUUGAUUCUGAUGGACUGUACUUGUAGUUUGAGUUCUUUAUAUUAUCAUCUGUUAGUUUGAAUGUUCUUAUAUGCACUGCAGUUUGCUGCCUAUUACAGACUAGCUGAUUUUAAGGCCAGAAGUGACCAUGGUAAUGAAAUAAUCUGACUGGCAUGCCACUAUCCCUAGAAUUCAAUCUAGUUAUUUCUGCAUCAUGAAGUCCAUAUCUUUUGGGUGCAGUAGAACAUACUUUUGGAAAAGAUAGCCGAUUUUCAUAUAGAUUCUUCAAGUGUGAGGAUUUUUCCAUGUGUUUGGAGUGAUUCAGCUAGAUUAUUUUCCAUAUUCUUAGUCCUCCUUCAGUUUUAGGACCGUUUAGUUACAGCUGCUGGCCAUCAGAUAGCUGCCUAUUAGAAUACUAUGAACUACUCUAAUUUUAAACUAUUUCACUUUAUUCACAUUAAAAUAUGUUAACUUUAAUAACCUAUAUAGAUGGAGUUCCUUAAAUCUCUAACUGUAAAGCUUUUAUGGCUCUUCUGAAACUUCAGAUGUUUUAAAAUCCAUUCUAAAACAUGGACAUAAGAACUGCAUACAGCAUCUGGUAGUAACCUCAGUAUUGCUGUGUGCUUCUAAUAGGUGCAGGUACAUUCUUGAACCUUUCAGUUUAUAUCUUUGCUUGUUUGUUUAUACGUCCAAGGGUUGCAUUUUUAAAUCUUUCAGCCUCAGUUGUUUGCAUUAAAAGAUUGUAAAUUUAGAUGAUUAUACAUCAUGAUUCCCAAGUCCUUUUCAGAACUGCUGCUCUUCCAGGAUGUAGUCUUACAUCCUGUAAGUAUAAUGACAUCUGAAUGGGACUGGUUUACAGAAGGGUUGGAUUCAGCUAUAGAUGUGACUUGUCAUCAUUGUUUAUCACUCUACCAUCGCUAUUUUCAUUAAACGAUCAAUGUGCUUA